AUGUAUAACAUUAAAAUUUCUCCCAAACUGAAAUCAGAUGACCGGUCUAUAAUGAAUUAAAUAUUGAAAGAAGAGGCCUUUUUCUUGAACCAGAAGCAAGGCGAUAUCCACUCUUUUGUUUUAGAUGAUGAUUAAGAAUAGCUUCUUAACAAAUUAUCUAAUAUCCACAAGAUGACCAACAUAGACAAGGAGAAUUACACCAAGCAUAUUAGCUAUUGUAUGAGAAAUUUAGGAUAAAAAUCAAUUGAUAAAUUGCCUGGUAUUAUGGAAAAAUAUAAAACUGAAGAUGAAAGAAUUUAGAUAAUGUUUAUAGAAUAACUCAAUUUGAUCUAUGAAGUAGCAUAAUAGGCUUAGUAACCUGUCAUACAAAUUUUAAGCUUUUUCUUACUGAAUAGCAUUUUGAAAAUCAAGGAGCUUGCAGGCUAACAAUUAACAAAGAUUGCUCUUCAUUUAUAAGGAGAUGAAAAGGGAAAUCAAUUAUUGCCUAUAAUAAUAAAGAUGGCACAUGAUGACCUCAAUCAGGAUAAUAGAAUAGUGGCUUUGUAAUUAAUGGGCAAGCUCUCAUCAAUGUUCGGGAUAUAAUUAAGCGAAUCUUUUAUAGCUUUCGAGGUAAUGUCUCUUGGAGAGGAUUCAAAGCAAGAUGUAAGAAAGGAGGCAGUAAACCAGUUGCCCUUGGUUGCAAAAAUAGUUGGAAAGGACUUUUAUAAUAAAAAAUUGUUCCCAUUCUACUUGAAAAGAUGCAAAGAAACAAAUACAAAAGUAAAGACAGCAUGUGUUGAGCAUUUCUUACAAAUUGUAGAAUUGUCGUCAUAAAAUUAAAAAAUUACUGAUCUUACACCCUAGCUGUUGUAAUUCUAAAAUGAUUCGAAUAAAUAUGUUAAGGGAGUAGCAUAUAGAUGCUUGGCUAGAUUUAUUGCAGCGAUAGAGAAAGACAAACUCGAACCAAAACUAAUUGAAAACUAUUUGAAAAUGGCUGAUUCGGAUGUAAGAGAAUUACUUCCUGAAUAGUAAGUAAUGUUCGCAUGUGCUUAUGGUUUUCCUGCAGUUUUGUAGACAGUUGGAGUAGCAAGAUGGUAAUAAUUGCAUAAAUUAUUUAAUCAUCUAUGGAAAUAAAAAAACGAGAGAAUCUGUAAGACUUUGGCCGCCAGUCUUCAUGAAAUAGCUAAAAUUAUUGGAGCAGAGAGAGCUGAAAUAGAUUUGUUUCCUAUUUUAGAGACCAUUUUUGUAAAGGAACCAAAUGAUAAUGUGUUGAUGGGUUGUGUUAAGAAUUUGUCAUAAUUUUUGAAAAUAUUUUCAGAUGAAAAGAAAGAAGGAUUUUUGGAAAUAUUUUUUUUUAUUUAGAAAGAUAAAAAGAAAUGGAGAAUUAGAGAAUCAAUAGCCAAUUAAUUAGAUGAGAUGGCUCACAUAUUUCCAGCAGAUAUUAUAUUUAAAAUGAUUAUGCCUAUUGCUUUUAAGUUGUGCACCGAUAAUGUAGCAUAAGUAAGAAAGAUAGCAUCUUCAAAAAUUUAUUCUUUUUUUGAAGGAAUCAAAAAUUCACCUUUAUAUGAACAAUACAAAUUCUGCAUCAUCGAAAGCAUGAUUGGCUAUCAAAAGUCUUCAGUGUUUUAUCAAAGAUAAUCAUUUAUUUAAAUGUGUUCAAAAGUAAUGAAUUUAGAGGAUGACAUCUUUGAAACUUAUCUUCUAAAUCCUUUUGUGGAAUUAGCUCAAGACAAAGUUUAGAGUGUAAAGUAUAUGUUAUAUAUGGCCAUAGAGAAUCAUAUCAAAGAUCAAGGAAGAUUAUCAAAAAAUUAAAAAUUGAAUGAUGUAAUUAAUUUACUCUCAAAUGAUAAGGCCAUUAAAUCUCUUGUUAAAUAUCAAUCUACUUUGGAAGUCUAACCAGAGGCCUAGUAAUAGGAAAAAGAUGACACAAACCUUAAUCAAGAAUCUACUUCUUUUUAGGAAACUUAGCUAGAGGAAGUUGAUGAUGAGGAAGUACCCUAAAGAUAAGUUAAGGAAGAACCUAAAAUCCUAAAAGAAUUGAGAGAAGAGAAGCAAGAAAUGAUUCAAAGAUAAGAAGAGAUUCAAAAUUAAUAAUUACUAGAAGAAGCAGAUUAGAAAAUAGAAGAACAAGUUGGUUAAUUAACUCUGAAUGAAAAUGCGGAAACUAAUUUAGAAGCUGAUUAGACUGGUGAAUGUAUUAAAGAUACUUCAUCGGAUUUUAUCGUUAAUAAUAAUGAAUCUCAAGAAUUAUAAUAGUUUGAGUAAUUACAAGGAUAAGGUGAGUAAUAAUAAAAGCAGAGUGACGAAUUAUUAAUGAAUGAAGAAUAUUAAUAGGGUUCAUAAAGUGAUUAAAAAGAGGUAAAUACUGAGGAAGAUGCUUAAUAACUUUGA